AUGGCUCGUGUCACGGACAGCGAGACAAUGUCUGGUGCGCUCGUGGUGACCAAUAGGGAGAAGCAGAGCUGCGUACUCGCUCCCAUCAGUUUCAGUCUCGCGUCCUCCGCUGUGCUGAUGGACGCCUGCCUUGAGAAGCAGCCAGUGACUAGCAUAAACUACCGAAUCGGCAGGGUACUGUUCAGCUGUCGUCGUCUGAAAGCAUCUUCGAGGAUAUUCAAGGCCGGCGUCCAGGAUCUAUUGCUCGCGAAUGCCUGCGCGUUAAACAUCACAACGGGAGAGGACAUGCAGCGGAGUGUGGACCUCUCUGUUUCCGGUUGCUCUAGGUUCGGAGUGACCGUCAACGGGGGGAAGAUGGUGGUCAUGUACCGACCGACGUGAAGCGCAGAGUACAAUUAACUCCAGACUAACUUCAGUGGAGAACAACUUGCACUACUGGACAGAUUCGCAUUACUCGGAAGUAUUAUUUAAAGGAAUAUCAAGAUCGAUGAUGAAGUGACCCAUCGGAUCUCCAAAGCCAGUCAGACCUUCCAUCGGUUACAGCCCUCGGCCUGGAACCGUCGAUAAUCUCAAAUCAACCCGAAACUUAAGAUGUGCACGGUGGCAAUCCUGACGACGUUGCUCUACGGGACGGAGAUAUGAGCACUCUACGCCAAAAAGUCAGGCAACUCAAUCACUUCAGCCUCUGCUACCCUCGGCAAAUACUGAAGUUAAUGUCGUAAAAGAGAGUACCAAAUACGGUGGUCCUGGAAUGAACCGAAUCCUCAGUAUCCAUGUCAUACUGGAGCAAAUCCAACUACGAUGGAGCGGCCAUGUUUGGAGGAUGGACAAAGAGUGUCUACCCAAGCGGGUAUUCUGCGGCGAUGUCGCAACGGGUGCUCGUCAGCAAGGAGGACAGAAAUGAUUUAAUAGGACAGUCUGGAAAUUUCUCUCGGAAAUCUACAAGUUCACCUCGACCUUAUCCAGGGUCAAACGGCCUGGAGAAUGAUAAUGAAGACUGGAGCAGCCAACCGGAUUGCCGCUGUCAAAAGCAAAAGUGCGGCUCGCCAGCUUAAAGCGCCUCCGGUUCCCAACGUCAACACCCAUUAUCUCCUCAUUGUCAACUGAGAUUCCGCGCACAGAUCGACCUCGUUGAGCAUCCUCAUCGUCAGUUCAAUAUCAACACAACAGCUCCACCACCCACCGCAAACAUCUCCAUCGUCACACCUGCUGCAAACGCCACGACGUCCACGAAGACCGCCACCGCCUCCCCCACCAUCAGAAAUAGGGACUCGAUCCCAACUGGUACUCAUUGCGAUCGCACCUUCACAUCAUGCAACGAUUUGGCCGGUCACCUGAGAACCCAUCGCGCUGAGACUGGCGAACCAACGCCUGCAGCCCGGACGUAA